AGGAUUAUUGCGCACAGAACCGUCGAAGCAGUUUUAACGGAGUACAACAAUAUCUUCUUGAGCUUUUCUGUUGUAUGUGAGUUUUGGAUUGCAUUAUAUAUUUCCCAGUUUUGGGUAACGUUAUGGAUAUUUUUAGGAGGAUGAGCGCUGGAGAGGCUGUGAAUAGCGCAGCCUGGGGUUUGAGAUGGCAAGUGCGAGUCUCCAUGUUGCUUGUCUGCGUACUGAGUGCGGUGAAUGGACAAAUUCGAUAUUCUGUACCAGAGGAAAUGAGAAAGGGCUUGUUUGUCGGAGAUGUGGCGAAAGACCUGGGUUUGGACGUGAAGAGGCUGAUUUCAGGCCGGGCGCGGUUAGUUAUAGACGGUAAUAACCAAUAUGUAGAGCUGAAUCAGAACAAAGGACAUCUGGUUGUUAAGGAAAGGAUUGACAGGGAGAAAUUAUGCGGUCAGAAAUCUCCGUGUAGCUUCAGUUUAGAAAUGAUUCUUGAAAGCCCACUUGAAUUAUAUUCGAUUACCAUCGAAAUUGAAGACAUAAACGACAACGCCCCGGUGUUUUCAAAAAAAGACAUUCAUCUGGAAAUUGGGGAGUCUUCGCCGAUAGGGACUGUUUUCUUAUUAGAUGGAGCCGCUGACCCUGACGUGGGUAUGAACUCACUGCAAAGCUACACAGUUAAACCAACCGAUCAUUUUGUGCUCAAGCAACACAGUAGAGCUGAUGGAAGUAAAUACGCAGAAAUGGUGUUGCAGUCUGGACUUGACCGUGAAAAACAGAGCGAACACUCCCUGAUAUUAACUGCAGUCGAUGGCGGGGACCCACAAAGGUCUGGAACUGUUAAGAUACAUAUCACUGUUCUGGAUGCAAAUGACAAUGCGCCUGUGUUCACAGAGUCUUUGUACAAAGUCACUGUUGUAGAAAACGCGUUGGGAAGCACAGUUGUAGCCCAAGUAAGUGCCAUCGAUGCAGACCAAGGGUAUAAUGGAAAUGUGACGUAUUCAUUUACGCAUAUGGAGGAGGGUACACCACCUUUGUUCCAUAUAGAUCCACAUACUGGGGAGAUAAAGCUCACUGGUGACCUAGAUUACGAAACUGUUCAGAAUUACGAAAUUAACCUUCAAGCUAAAGACCCGUGGGGUCUGACGGGCGCGAGUAAACUAGUCAUUGAGAUUCUAGACGUUAAUGACAAUAGUCCGAUCAUAACCAUGACAUCAUUUUCUGGUAAAAUCCCAGAGGAUAGUAUUCCUGGCACAGUUGUGGCAUUGAUAAGUGUCCAGGAUGUAGAUGCUGGGCAAAAUGGACAGGUGCGUUUAAGAAUCGACGAAAACCUCCCAUUUAAGAUAAAGACCUCUCUUAGAAACUACUACACGUUGGUAACUGAGAAGAGCUUAGACCGAGAGAAAGUGUCUCGCUACAACAUCACCCUCACUGCCACUGAUGAAGGUUUGCCGCCGAUAUCAAGCAUGACAACUAUUGUUUUAGACAUCAGUGAUGUUAAUGAUAACGCACCAGCCUUUAGUCAAAAUGUGUAUAGUACGCACGUUGUGGAAAACAAUUCUCCCGGAGUUUCUGUGCUUGCGAUCCAAGCAACGGAUCCAGAUAGGGGCCAAAACGCACGCAUCUCUUAUUAUCUAAUUGACAGUGAGCUAAACGGAAACCCAAUUUCCACCUACUUUUCAAUUAACUCAGAGAAAGGUGUCAUUCACUCAGUGCGUUCACUUGACUAUGAGCAGGUUAAAGAGUUCAAAAUACUAAUCAAAGCGCAAGAUGGAGGCUCCCCACCCCUUAGUAGUAAUACUACUGUUCUCAUUUACGUACAAGAUCAGAACGACAACGCACCUCAGGUUCUGUAUCCAGUCCAGACUAGCAGCUCUCUGGUGGCUGAAAUGGUGCCUCGUUCAGCAGAUGUAGGCUAUCUUGUAACUAAAGUGGUUGCUGUUGAUGUGGACUCAGGACAGAAUGCCUGGCUCUCGUAUAAACUGCAGAAAGCGACAGACAGGGCGCUGUUUGAAGUGGGAUUACAGAAUGGAGAAAUAAGAACUAUACGCCAAGUCAAUGAUAAAGAUGCUGUGAAACAAAGGCUCACUGUUGUAGUGGAGGACAAUGGGCAGCCCUCUCGUUCAGCUACAGUCAAUGUUAACGUGGCGGUGGCGGACAGUUUCCCUGAAGUGCUCUCGGAGUUCACUGACUUUACGCACGACAAGGAGUACAACGACAACCUGACUUUUUACUUAGUCUUGGCUUUGGCUGUAGUCUCAUUUCUAUUCAUCACAUGUUUAGUGGUAAUUAUAUCAGUAAAAAUAUACAGAUGGAGACAGUCUCGCAUCCUCUUUCAUUCCAAUCUCCCGGUUAUUCCGUAUUAUCCACCGCGUUACGCAGACACUUUGGGGACAGGAACUCUACAGCACGUGUACAAUUACGAGGUGUGCAGGACGACUGACUCCAGAAAGAGUGACUGUCAGUUCGCCAGACCCUGUAGUCAGAACGUACUGAUAAUGGACCCCAGUUCUACAGGGACGAUGCAGCGGAUGCAGAACGAACAGAACAUCCUGGAUGAACCAGACUCUCCAUUAGAGGUGAGUUUAUUUGCAGUUUAA